AUAGAAGAAGAAGAAAUACUUAAACAAAAUAUAACCUAAAUUUCUAAUUUUAAAGAUUAAAUAAAAAAACAAAGUUAUUUCUAUCUUAAUUUUAAGCGGUCCAGGUCCAAUUAAAAAAGCAACAUGGGUAGUCAAGACCAGGAAGCUUGCAAUGGUUUCGAAUUUUAUAAAACAUAUAAAGGCCUGCAUGUACUACAAGCUCAUGAUCAAAUCAAAGAACUUCAGACAAUUUUAAGGGAUAGAAAUACCACUAGAAGUGACUUCAAGUUUUAUGCUGAUCGUUUAAUUAGACUUGUAAUAGAAGAUAGUUUAAAUCAAUUACCAUUUACAGACUGUGAUGUAAUUACUCCUACAGGAGCUAAGUAUGAUGGAUUGAAGUAUAAAUCUGGCAAUUGUGGUGUUUCAAUUGUUAGAUCUGGAGAAGCAAUGGAACAGGGUUUAAGAGAUUGUUGCAGAAGUAUUAGAAUAGGAAAGAUUUUAGUAGAAUCAGAUUUAGAUACUCAUGAAGCUAAAGUUGUUUAUGCUAGAUUCCCAGAAGAUAUUUGCCAAAGGCAUGUCCUACUUAUGUAUCCCAUAAUGUCUACAGGAAACACAGUUAGUAAGGCAGUAAAUGUACUAACAGAGCAUGGGGUUAAAGAAGAAUGUAUAGUACUCAGUAAUUUAUUCUGUACUCCGCAGGCUGUACAAACUGUCUUAGAUAUGUAUCCAAAGAUGAAAAUAUCUACAUCAGAAGUUCAUCCAGUGGCACCUAAUCACUUUGGUCAGAAAUAUUUUGGGACAGAUUAAGGCUGAAAUAUACUUAACAAAGAAAAUAAACGCCAAAUCAGCUAAUCAUGUUUCAAAUCCGCGAUUUCAUAUGUUCGCCUAUUUAGAAAGUUCUUCAUAGGCUUGUUUGAAUUAGGAGAUUUGGUGAUUAUUAUAUUUUAUUUAUACAGUUAACUAAGAAAAUUAUUAAAUAAUAUAUAAAAAAUGUUAAUAUUUACAGUUUUGUUUUUUAGAUAACGGAACAAGUUUUUUCAGCGUGACUUAAAUUUUCGUAAAUCUAGAUUUAAAAUUUUUGUAAAUGUAUUUAUAGAGAUGUGUUUAUUUAUAACUUAUAAAACCAUUGCUAAACCCUCACAUAAUUCAUCUUAAGUAAAUUCAGAAUUUCAACGAUUUGUUAAAUGAACUGUUUCAAUCACAGGAUUGACACAGGACACCAAAAAUGAAUGUACAACCCAUAUAUAGUGCAACUCUACCUUUUUGUAUGCACCUAUUCAAAUCUGCUUCACUGUUCAAUGCUUUUGGUGUGAUUUGUGCUAGUAAUCUAAAAUAAAAAAUUUUAUGUAUUAAAAAAUUAAUCAUGGUCACGUGGUUCCUUCAAAUAAUGGCUUAAAGAGUAAUCUUUUAAAAUCAUGUAAUUAAUUUGUUUAACGACCAUAACAUUACCUCCCAUAUUUUGAGCAUCGUUAUCGAACUCAAAACUUUAGUAAUCUUCUAUUGGACUUGUGUAUUUCUUGAAGAUGGCCAUAAAUUUUGUUAUCGACAUAUCCCCAUAUAAUAAAUUAUUUUUGUACUGAAUCGUCUUGUUUGUUAAGUAUUAAUGAUGUUAUAAUUUAACGCCAUAAUAAUAACCAAAUACUUCUGAAGUUACUGACAAGUUUUGGAUAGCGGUAAUAACAUUCUAAAAGAUGUGGCCUUUUGGCCUAAUCCACUGCGACCUUUUCAGAUAUAUUGUGGUCCUAUAGUCCUAGAUUACAUUCUCUAGCCUGACCCUUUUUAAAAGGUCCAAUAGCUUCGAAACUGAACCUUCCAUGUAGCUAUUUGCUGGUGGAUUUUCUUCUCCUAAUGCAAAGAACCGCAUAUUUGCUAGACUGUCACACUGACAUAGAAUGUGCUCUGCUGUUUCUUCUUCCAGGUUACAGAAUUUGCACAGGUCAUAAUCUGACAAUCCCAUCAGCUUCAAGUGCCUAUUCAGCUUACAGUCAGGCGCGGAUCCAAGGGGGGUUCAAUGGAGUUAAUUGCCCCCUCCUUGAGAUCUCGCUUGGUGUCUACUGAGAUUUUUUUUAGGAAAGAAAUAAUUACGAUUGAAAAUAAAUAGUGAAUUUUGUCUCCUGUUGAUAACUGGAUAACUGAAACAUAAAACAGAAUUCCUUGGAAUCGAAAAUUAUUAAAAGUCUUUGGAACAUAAACGAAAAAUUCCCAUUAUAAAUCUGUUUAUUAUCAUCUAAUGUCAGAGAUCAGAUAACAAUAGUAAUUUGUUUUUUCUUUGUGGCAAAUUAAUGAGUCAGUUUCGUCUCAAAAAAUUUCAUUCUCACCUGAGGCUAUGUUAAGAUCUGAAGUAAAAACACUAAAAAUUCAGUCAUACAAAGCUUUAAAUUUUGCGAUAAAGACGUGUUUCCAUAUUGCAAAAUACUAUUACAAAUAUUGCUUAAUUUGCCUUUUAGUAGGUACAUCACCUGCAGAACGAUAGUUUUCUGCUUUCAAACGCCUUAAGACUUACUGUAUGGUGUGUAUGGUACUUACUUAAAGCGUCUUACUGUAUGGUGUCGAGUCUUGGACUGUGAAGAAUUUUAAGAGUUUAUUGGGUGGAGAAGAUUCGAAACUCCACAAUAACAGAACGUCUCAGCAAGACUAGUGAGAUUAUAAAAGGCAUCAAGAAGAGAAAGCUGGAGUAUUUCAGACAUGUAGGUAAUGAGAUGUCCCAAAUAUAGGUUGCUACAAAAUAUUAUGCAAGUGAAAAAAGAAGGCAAACACAGUCCAGGACGAAGAAGCACUUCGUGGUUGAUUUGGGGUGGCAGUGAAUAAAAUUAAAAUAGCUAUGAUGGUAACCAACGUUCUGAAAGGAUAUGGUACAUGAAGAAAAAUAAAAUAACAGCUCAUUCCGAAUAAGAAUCCUGCGUACGCCAGUGACAAGAAAAUUUUUAUUUCAUUGCCCCCACCUUGCAAGGUUGCUGCAUCCGCCGUUGCUUACAGUGCCCUGUUAGCAGACCUACUAUGGCUUUGACUGUUUUCCUGUCUUUGCUUAUUAGGUCUGCCGUAAAUUUUGGUGAAUGUUCUGUAAUGAACUGUUUCGCCUGUCUUUGUCCUGGUGAAUUGCUUCACCAUUCCUAAGAUUUGUGAACUACCCACUUUCUUGUAGCCGUUCUUGUUACUGCCUUUGCAACGCCGCAGAAAAGUUCCGGUACAGCGAAUGGAAUUGAUGAACCUUGUUUAGCCAUUCCAUUUGCUUUUUCAUUUCCCUUAUGACCCUCGUGCCCCUGUAUCUAGGCUACGUAACCUUGCUACGGCCACCUAGUUUAUUUAGGGCACCCAUACUAGCUUACAAUUGAGUAGCUUAAGCCCUGUCUGGCUAUCUGUGAAAAAGACAAUUAAACGGAACGUUCUUUAAAUAUUUCUUCCACGCAGUGAUGGAUUGCCGUUAUUUCCGCCUGGAAAACUGUGACAUCCUUAGAUAGACUUACCGAGAAAUAUAUCCCUUGAUUUAUCCCUACUAUGCCGGCUCCCACACCGUCUGAUGUUUUUGAGCCAUCAGUGUAGCAGGUAGCAGCAGUUUGUAUGGGUACACCUUCUUUCCAGUCUUCCCUGCCCGGUAUAUUAAUUUUGAACUUAUUUAUUCUACUAUAAAUGUAAGUAUUUUGGUGCAGUUUUUUUGGCUUGGGGUCAUACAACCAAUCACAUUGUAUAUACAUAUGUAUAAGAUUAAUUUGUAGUUUGUGUUGAGCGAACGCUUUGGUACGAAGUAAAGUCGGCUUCAUUGUUUUUCCAAAGAUUCGCCUAUUAUAUCCGACCAACCUCGGAUGAGUAUCGAUUCGACAAAGAUAUUUUUUUAAUAAAAAUAUUCCCAUCCCGACAUAUAUUUCAAAAAUAGUCAGAUUUUUGAAAUAUUCGCUGUUCUUCAUAUAUUUAACUUACCUUGUCUUAAUCUGACGUUUUCGAGUUUUUGUAAGGAUAGAUUUUUUUCGGACUGCCCCCAACGCACGCCCCUGUAUUAAGAGUCCAAAUAUGGUAGGGGUACAUUUACAGGGUAGGGUACAAGGUUUCUCCUCACGUGAUUUUCUGACGCGCUCGAGUUACGCGCAAAAUCCCGGCUUGGCUCUCCUACCAUAAAAGACCAGUUAGAAUUUAGAAUCCAAGAAAUAAAAAAAAAUUAUUAAUAACCAACAACAGGUUCUUUCCUUUUAUUGUUUUUACCAGCUAAAGAGCUACAUAAUAUGGGAGUGUCACAUUACUUAUUGAGAAUUAUGUGAAAAUUUAGAAACAGUGUUUUGUAAUAUUCUACCCAGCAUGACUUUUCAUAAAAUAUAUGCUGAUUUUAAAAUAUUUAAAAUAACAUUAUUAGACAACAAUUGCAAAUUCGGAAUUAGUAAAAUUUUGUUAGUAUUGCUACUAAAAAUGGAAAUUAGCGCACUUUUUGUUUACGGGGUAUUUAAAUAUACAGAGUGGGCCAAAGAAACCAGUCCAUCUCGAUAUUUGGCAGUAUUUAUUACAUUUUAAGGAAAUGAAGAAAUAUGUCGAUUUUUAAUCUAAGGGGGACACAUUUUUACGGUACACACAUCUGUCAUGUGUCAACCCCAUCCCUUCAAUUUCCCCCACCCCUUAUUUUAAAUAGGGAAUAGGGGUCGGGUGCUACCUCAUUUGAAAGGUUAUUCAAUUCUCUAUUCGGUAAUAUUAACAUUGACAUAAUUAUUUAUACAGGGUGUCCAAGAAAAAUUAUUUUGAAUUAAAUUAAUUGACACAAAAAGAAGAAUGUAUGCAAUUUAUUUAACUCAAAAUACAUUCUACUACUGACAGAAAACAGAGAAAAAUGUUUAUUUGACAAAUAAAUAUUGUUUUUCGCUUAAAUUCAAUAUUCAACCUACCAAGAGGCAGAUAGGUGGCAGCUUGAACAUGGAAAUUAAGCGAAAAGCAAUGUUUAUUUAUCAAAUAACAUUUUUUCUGUUUUAUGACAGCAGUAGAAUGUAUUUUGAAUUAAAUAAAUUACAUACAUUCUUCUUUUUGUAUCAAUUAGUUUAAUUAAAAUAUCUUUUUCGUUCAAUAAUUAUGUUAAUGUUUAUAUAACUAAAUAGAGAAUUGAAUAACCUUUUAAAUUAGCUAGCACACGACCCCUAUUCCCUAUUUAAAAAUAAGGAGUGGGGGAAGUGGAAUGGAGGGGGUUGACAAAUGAGAAAUGAAUGUACCGAAAAAAUGUGUCCCCCUUAGAUCAAAAAUAGACCUGUUUCGUCAUUUCCUUAAAAUCUAAUAAAUACUGCCAAAUAUCGAGGUGGACUCUUUUCUUUGGCCCACUCUGUAUAGUGUAAAUUCUGAAAAGUACUUACUUUAUAGUUUGAAGUCAGUUUUACAAAUAUUUUAGUUUAUAUACUUUGUAUGUAAAUAUAUACCGUAAAUGCUGAAAAGUUACUUACUUAUUUACUUAUUUUAUAGAAGUCAUUUUUACAAAUAUUUUAGUUUAUAUCAAAUAACAUUCUAAUUUAACUACAAUCUGUAGCAUGAUACCUACUAUAAAUAACAAGAUAAUAAUUGGACAUCCUGAAGUCGUGACGUAAGUGGAGACCUGCAAGUUCGUAAUGGUUCGUAAAGUCCUAUUAGUUUGAAUUGUUCGCGGUUGUAAGCUAAGUGUAUUUUAUAUUUUAUCUUUGACGGUUAUUUUGACAGUAAUCUCGACACUAAAUUUUUUUCGAAUACAUUGAAGUUUGAUAUUAUUUUGCUAAUUGAAUAAUUUCAUCACAUAAUGCAUACAAAUCCCAUUUAACUUUAACAAGAAUUCAAAUUCAACUUCCGGUCUUCAGUUACGUCAUCAUGCGAGAACUCGGACGUAUUUGCACUUCGGGAAGAUACUGUCUCGUUAUUUAUAGUAUCAUGAUCUGUAGUAUAAUUACAAUAAGCAAAUUGUCCGUAUGUGUUUUAAUUAGUGUGGUGACGAAAAUUGACCAGUGACAAUUUUAUAUAAAUAUUCUUGACACUGACACACUUGUGUUUGAUUGUGCCUCUGCAUCUAGAUUAUAUUUAGCACAUACCCAUAAAAAAUUCUGAAACCCUAUACCAGCUUGUACAGGUCUAGUAGAUAGGUACCACGAAAUUUUGGAGUCACUUAGUAGUCUCCAAAAGUGUUUGCUGCCUGCGAACUAUUGCGUCGUCAUGUAAGAUAUGGUUAAUUAUUUGAGGUUCUCUACUACAGAGUUUGCAGCUUACGUGUGCAAGAAAUAGCCCCAUUAUAUGCAGGUAUCCCUUGACUGACGCAUGCAGUGCCGUAUUUCCCAUUACGCAAAAUGCGCAAAGGCGUCAGGCGGCAAAAUAUAAAAGGCGGCGAAGACGUACAGCUUCAAUGUUGAAUCAAAAAGUUCCAAAAUGGCUUCAGUGCCAAAGAAGGUGUAAAAUUUUUUGAACCUAUAUACAUUUUUCUCAGCAUCUACUCGCCGUUGGGAAAUUUUACUUUCCAAUUUAAAAUCUGGCGCUGUAGUUCCAAAAAGGGGUCGAUGGAACAAGGCCAUGAUGCUGUAGUGAGCUUAUGCCAGUGUUGGAGCGCAUAUUUAAAUGUUUUUACGAUAAUUGAGCGAUCGACCUCUGAAAAACCAACGGUUCACGCGGAAGCAACUGGAAUAAAACAUGGCUUAAACCGAUUCGAUUGUGCCUUUAUGACGGUUUUCUAGUUUGCGCUCUUUAAUGGUGUUAGUAAUCUCGCAUUAAUUGCCUAUCCUACGUAGGGCCUCAACAUUAAUUACACAAGCCACCCACGAAAUUCUUAAAAUGCGUCUGUAACACCACAUCUCGAAUACCUUGAAUUUUCUUAAAGAAGCUUCGGAUGCACCUUAGUGUAAAUUUCAUAAUGUUGAACUUCUGGGGAUUUAUAGAGUGUAUGUUAGACUUAGAAAUAAACAUUACUUUUCACUUAAAUUAAAUGUCAAACCGCCACACCCUUGCCUCUUGGCAGUUUGAACAUUUAAUUUAAGUGAAAAGCAAUGGGUGCGUUCGGACGACCACAGCGGCUGGACAGCUGAGCCAGCAGUAGCUGUCAGACGUCACCGCUGGAAGUCAGCCGCUGAGAGAUUUACUAAGCUUUCCCUAUCACGGCUGGAUACAACCACUCAGCCGAUUUCUGCUGACAGCCAGCCGCUAUGGUCGUCCGAACGCACCCAUUGUUUAUUUGUCAAAUAAACAUUUUUUUAUAUCAUGUGGCAUCAGUAAAAUGUAUUUUGGGUUAAAUAAAUUACAUACAUUCUUCUGUUUA